UCGAGUUCAUAUGAUCUUCCCAUUCCAAGCUUAUCCUCACCGAAGAACCGACUCCUCCGCCACGCGACAAAUCCCGCACAUUCAUAAAGCCACCCCCCUCUCUUCUCUCCUGAAAAUUUCAAGCUCCUCUUCUUCCUCCCCCUGCCUUGUAUCAAUACGCUCCCUCUCCUUCUCAGAUUUUCAACCAUAUCUCCGCCGAAUUAAAGCUAGUUAUCUUCCGGCGAUGUCAAACCCCGCCACGCAGAUGCCGCCGGGCUUCCGGUUUCAUCCCACAGACGACGAGCUCAUCUUGCACUACCUCAAAAACCGCGCCGAUGCGUCGCCUUUACCCGUUUCCAUCAUCGCAGAGGUCGAUAUCUAUAAGUUCGAUCCAUGGGACCUUCCGGCGAAGGCCCUGUUCGGGGAGCGGGAGUGGUACUUCUUCAGCCCUAGGGACCGGAAGUAUCCCAACGGCGUCCGGCCGAACCGCGCCGCUGCGUCUGGUUACUGGAAGGCGACGGGAACAGAUAAGCCUAUAUGCUUUGCGGAUGAGAACAUUGGAGUGAAGAAGGCGCUUGUUUUUUACAAGGGUAAGCCGCCGAAGGGGCUCAAGACUGAUUGGAUCAUGCACGAAUAUAGGCUUGCUGAGUCACAAAACAGUAGCGGCUGUAAGCCUGUUAAACUCGGAGAUCAUUCCAUGAGGCUGGACGAUUGGGUUCUUUGCCGUAUCUACAAAAAGAGAAACCACCUCUCGCUCCCAAUGGCGGAUCAACAACAGGAAGGAACAUCUGCAGAAGAUUUCUCUUUUCGGAAUCCUCAAAAACAGCUGCUGCAUCAGCACCAUGGAAUCAAACCACCAAAAUCUCCAUUCAUAUCAGCUCUCCUUGAAGAUUAUUCACCACUCCCUUUGAAUAAUUUAUAUAAUCAACAAAAUCUGCCAAGAUUUCAUAACAAUUCAUUCAUUGCUCAUUCACAUUCAAACCAAAUCAUAAUAAAUCAAAGAUCUGAAAGCAGUGGCAAUGCUUAUUUACAUCCACAGCUCUUACAACAAGAAUCAGCUGUUCUCUUUGGUGUGAAGCACCAAUCCGACAGUAACGCAGAAGAAAGCAGUGGAACUCUGCAGUCUUUGAAGAAGCAGAACGAGGCCAUUAUCUUCCCAAACAUCUCUGAUGGAUCGCAAUACAGUUCGCAAAACCUGCCAUUCUUCAGCCUGCAAUGAGUUCUGAUAAAUCUGCUUGGUAGGAGCUCAUGAAGUGCAAGAGAAGAAGGUAAAGAUAGAUGUAGUUUGAUUAAUCUACAUUUUGUAUAGUUUGUCUGUUUCCAAUUGGACUAUUCCAUGGCGGUGUUUAGAGAAGAUAGGUAGAAAGCUUGAAAUUUUAUUCUUCAAAAGAAAUUCUUUUGAUAGAACUCAAAGAAUGAAUAGUAGCUAUUUAGUUUGUAUUUUUAGGUUAGUGAAG